CCAUCCAGCGCAAACUAGCAGCGUUAUGCACUCAAAGCAGCAGGCGCACUUGGCACAGUAAGCCCAUGCACUUGACUCCACAGCCCAGACGACUCACUGCACAGACAGACAACAAAAAUGUCCCGAUUCGCCACUCGUCUUUUUGCGCUCGUUUCCCAAGCUCCGGUUAGAAAUUUUGCGUUACCAAGAAAAAACUCCGUAUUGGUGCGUCUUUUAAGCACAAAUAAAGCUAUUCACUCUCUCACUCGCUAUAAUGAGACCACAGACUGGCAAAAGAAGCUGAGCCCAGAGGAGUAUGUGGUGACCAGAGAGAAGGGGACCGAGGAGCCCUUCAGUGGCCUCUACCUCAACCAUAAUGAAGUGGGAAUGUACCACUGUGUGUGCUGUGAGGCUCCACUCUUCAGCUCAGAGGCAAAGUAUGAUUCUGGCACAGGCUGGCCCUCAUUCAAAGAGGCUCAUGGGACAUGGGAGGGGGACGAGAGCCUCACCUCUAUCAUCCGUCGCCCUGACAACAGUCUGGGCAGCGCUGGCACAGAAGUCCUUUGUAAAAAUUGUGACGCUCACCUUGGACAUGUGUUUGAGGAUGGACCUGACCCAACAGGACACCGCUUCUGCAUCAACAGUGUGGCCCUAAAGUUUAAACCCAGAGACAAUAACAAACCUAAAGAAGACUGAACACACAUGGACUAAAUAAGCAAAAGACAAUUUUCAUAUUUCAUUCAUCUUUGUCUAUAUUUUUACAGAAACUCAUCUCACAAGUUUACUUUUUUCCGAUAUUAAAUGAAGCUGUAAUGAAAUCAUAGAAGAUGCUGACUGUAUGCGCAGAAUGCA